AUGUAUCUUCACUUCACUGUGUUAGCUUGGCUGGCCGUUUGGCCGGUGGCCAUCUUGGGUAUAAGCACCUACCAUUUCUCACCAGAGGACAUUAGGCAAGGCAUCGCCCUCAAACGACUUGUCAAUGAGGCAACUGAAAAUAUCAAGGGGCAUAGGGCAGACGGCUGCAGAUUCGAGGAUGCCCAAGUACGCAAGGAAUGGCGCGAGCUAUCACAAAUGGAGAGAAGGGAAUUCAUAGAAGCCGUUCAAUGCUUGCAGAAUAUUCCAACAAAUUUGUCAGACGACCUCAAGGAGAUCUAUCCCGGAGUGAAAACCCGGUUUGACGAGUUUCUGGCAACACACAUCGAACUUGUGGGAUUUAUCCACAUGACCGCUGAUUUUCUCGCCUGGCAUCGCUUCUUUAUCCAUUCAUUUGAGCAAGACCUCAAGUCAAAAUGCCAAUAUACCGGAUCUCUCCCGUACUGGGAAUGGGGGUUUGAUGCAGAGGACCCCCAAAAUUCCAGUCUGUUUAACGGUGACCCGUAUAGUAUGGGAUCGAAUGGAGAAUUCAUUCCUAACCGAGAACCGGCAUAUUGGCCCUCUAUUAAGGAGUACAUCCCUGUCGGCACGGGGGGCGGAUGCGUUUAUGAAGGCCCGUUUUCCAAUUCCACCGUCAACAUGGGUCCCAUCAAUGCCGCAGGCCAGCAACCAGUUCCCUACAACUUUCAGUAUAAUCCUCACUGCUUGGAACGGGAUCUUAACCCCACCGUCACACGAGCCUCUAUCACAUUCCAGAACACUACGGACCUGAUUCUGGAAUAUGACACAAUCGAUUGGUUCCAGGCGGUGAUGCAGAAAGACCCUCGCUUUGCAAUGCCAUCUGUCCCGUACGGCGUCCACCGUGGUGGCCAUGUUGGGGUUGGUCGGGUCAUGGGGGAUGCAGCUGGUAGUCCGGGCGAUCCAAUGUUCUAUUUACAUCAUGCGCAGAUCGAUCGCGUCUGGUCUACUUGGCAGGCGUUGGACCCAGAGAAGAGGAGGUAUGCCAUCUGGGGCACGCAUACUCUCGCAGAUAAUCCUCCGUCGGCCAAUAUGACGCUGGAUGAGAUGAUUGAUUUUCGACUGGUUGCGGAGCCUGUCAAGUUUGAAGACUUGAUGGAUACGCUCUCGGGGCCAUUCUGUUAUUACUACACUUGAUGAUAUCUGUCCUUCCUCAUGACCCUCCUGUCAAAUAACAUUUAUUCAUUAUCGGCGAUAAACCGCUUAUUCUUUAGACUCGAACGCCUUGCUAUAAGUAACAGUCCCAUUCGGUACCAAGCCACGGAAUGUAAGAGCCAUGAAGUAUUCUGCUGGCACAUCGGGAAACUGGAGCGAUGGCUCAACCCGAAAGCCAAAUCGUGUAUAGUAGGCAGGAUCUCCUAAAACAACACACCCUGCGGCAUUGCGUGUCUGAAGGUCAUGAAGAGCACGUUUCAUCAGCAGUGAGCCGAUACCCUGUCGUUGGUACUCUGGGAGGAUAGACACAGGGCCCACGCCGUACCAGUCUGUGCUGGCGUCGGAAAUAUGCACUGGUGAUAUAGCUACAUGGCCCACGACGUUGUCGUUCAUUUCUGCAACAAGGGAGAUCGAUAAUUGCUUGGAUUCCCGGAGGUCCCGAACGAUAUACUGUUCGGUGGCGGAGGAAUGUUUAGUGUUGAGAAAGGCCGCGAUCGUAACGCGUUCGAUCGCUGUUGUGUCUUCCUGUGUUUCUGGUCGGACGUGAAUAUCCAUGGUGGAUGUAAUCAAGUUUCGAUAGGCUUGUGGUUGUAAUGAGGUUGAA